GAUAUGACCGCCGACGAAGCGCCAAAAGACUGUGCAGUGUGCGGCAGAACCGUCUAUCCUGUCGAACGCGUGUUCGCCAAUAAGCAGCUUUAUCACAAUCAAUGCUUCAAGUGUGCCAAGUGUGAGAAGAAAUUAACACCGACCAACUACAAUUCACAUCAAGGCGUACUACUGUGCAAGGUUCAUAUGCUUGAAGUGUUCCAUCCGGAAAUCGCAAAAACCAUGGAUCCAGCGAACACUGAG